UUCUUCCUCGUGUCUCACUGGUGCUGGACCCGCUAGUUCCUCUCUCUCUCUCUCUCUCUCUCUCUCUCUAUUUCUCUCCUACCCCACCGCACUCUUCUCUCCGCCGACCUUCGUCCUUACGUACCAGCUCCACAGUACUUGCGUGGUAGCGGCCGUUUUCACAUCGACCCCACUACCAGACUUCACGACCAGUUUCCAUUACUGGUAGUCUGUCUGGUACCUGAUGCAGCAACAGUUGUUCCUCGCUGCGCUCACUGUCUGCCUACUUUCCUCCCAUUCAAUGAUCUUUCUUUCUCUUCCCCCACUUGUUCUCUUCGCGAGCGAAGAUCAUUCUGUCCGCUUACAUUCGGGCGAAUCUCUUAUCCGAACGUCCGUGAACGUCCGAUAAGAGCGACAGUGUCAGGGUCAGUGUGAGUGGGGCAACGCGGCGGCGUGUAAGAGCGAACGUCGGCAGAGUUUGGUCAGGUGCAGUACGGGUGAAGGGGUUUCCUCCGUCUCUCCGUCCUCCCGCCCGACGACCGUCAUCAGUCUCCGUCGACGAAACAUGUCUCUCAUCGCCGACUGCUUUCGCCGUCUGACAGACGUCUCGUCCUGCAAAAGCGAGCUCAAAGGCUACAAAGUGACGGAUGUGAAUCGUACGCGUAAAAUCGGCAUUGCCUGCCGAAAUUUUCAGGAUUUGAAACAGAAGGCAUGCUCGAAAUUAAAUGUAACUAACAAUCCGACGGAAGUGAAUAUCUUUCUUCUAGACGGAUCAUUAAUCGAUGAGGAGUAUUUUCAUACAUUGGAACCACAGACUACUUUGAUUUUGCAGAAACCAGGGGAAAAGGUGCUAUCCGACGCAGACAUUCUCUACGAUGCACUGAGACGCGUGAACAUCGAUUUCCUCACCGCCGGCGACAGGGUGACGCAAUUUUUAACGGAUAAUCUUAAAGCAAAAGUCGCCUUGUUGAAUAGAGCGUUGAACAAGGAUGAGACGAAGACAGCGCUUAGUACGAGGGAGCAGCAUCCGGAAUGGUUUGAAAAUUUAGAAACUAAUUACAUGACGAAGGAAGCAUACAUGCACCGCAGAUGUCAGGACAGAAUACGCACUUAUCUUUAUAAGACGAUCGAGCAGAUCAAGUGCUCGGACGUGUUCAUGAACAACAAUAAAGCGAGGCAGCAGCUUUUGCAUACGAUAGCCUUCUUCAAACUUCAGCUCAAGCAGGAUCACUAUUUCGGAUAUUACUUUGACAGAAGCAGAGCGGUGACCGACUCGAAGAGCGAAAGUGACGAGACCGAUUACGAUCGAUGUUACGAACAUUGUCCUUGCAAUUUAGGUCGUGGUAUUAACGACGAAACAUCAUAUCUUCAUCAACGUCUGCCUCAGUCGUCGGAUACACCAGUUGACUCAGAUAAUAUGGACGAAACGGACGCGAGAAAGCUUCGUGAGUCUAGGAAAAACGAGAAAACGGAGAGCGACGAGAAAUUGGAGAGCUGUCCUUACCGCGUGAAAGUGCGAGAAAAGCAAAUCGCUAUUUGCGACAGGAAGGGUGAGUUUAAAUGUGAGGGCCGAUGGAACACCGAUGGCUGUCCCUACGGCGAAAGGCACAGGAUUAAUCCGUACAGAUCCAAAGAAGAGCUUGCCUUAUUCUCUACGUGGAAUUUGGACCAUCAAAUCGAAAGAUCCAGGACGCUUAUACCGAAGCUGCUGCAACUCUCACGAGAAGACACGAUCAAUGAACAAGAUAUCUAUGACUGUUACGACAAUCUGUUUACUGUGAAGAAUUUAAGGCUGGUUCACAUUAUAUGCCACGAUAAAGGAUCGCAUAAGUAAAAACGCUGAUUCAAAGUGGAGGGAGAAUUAUAGGCCUGGCACAUAUAUUACGCUUCUAAAUGCUGAUCAUAUACGUGAAUGAGUAACGUGAAAAAUUAAAUUGUAAAUUUAAAAAUAAUAUUCAUAAUCGUAAAUAAUUUUCAAUCUUUCAUUAAAAAGAAAAAAAUCAAUGAAUGUAUAAUGAUUCUAAACAAUUACGCUUUCAAUAAAAAGUUGAAAAUGAUUUAGGGUUAUGAAUAACGAUCUAAAUAUGUGUUUUUAUAUGUAAAAUCAUGUAGCUACUUUUUAUGUAUUUGUAUGCGUUUGAUUUUUGAAUUUUUUACAUGCUUUGACGUGUAAAUUACGUGUAAAUUACACGUAUAGGUAUGUAAAAAGUGCAAACAUAAUGUACGUACAAAUGUAUAAAAAGUGACUUUUUGACUUUAUACACAAAAACACGCAACUAGGUUUAAAAUGUACAUCCAGUUACGUAGAACGCGCGUGAUCUCUUCAGAUACAGAUCUCUGUAAAUAUAAGUAUAUUUAAUACGUUUAAGUGCUGUUGAUAGAAUAUAGAUUUAGCGAUUAUAUUAAUGUUACACUAUCGAGCGUACUUCCAUUGCGGCAUAAAAUAGUAAGCAAUAACGUUAAUAAUGAAAUGUCCAUUCCAAAGUUCGAAAUAUCUGAAUUUGCAGAGAUUCUAUAUAUUUGUGAAGGAUAAAAAAUCAAAUUUCAAAUAACAUAUUGACACGUUAAUGCACGAGUUAUUGACAUGUUAUACACGAGUUUGACAAAGAUAAUUAUUUUAUAAUACAAGAUGUUGAUUGGAACAGAAUUAAUUAAUGAAAAAAAUGAUAUACAAUAUACGUUGAAAAUAUGCUCACUUUUUAAAAAUAUUAUUUGAUGGAUGCUUUGCAACUUUUCAAUAAAAAAGAUCUGAAAAUAAAUAAUUGGAAAUGAAAUUCCGAUACAUGGAUACUUAUUAUAUAAAUAAAAAUAAUACGAGAUCUAGAUAUAAAGAUCUAUAGAUAUUUCAUAUCUAUAGACGUAGAAUAUUUUCAUAUCUUGGUUAUACGAUUCUUACGGAAUUCUUACUACAACAAUAUUUUCAUUGUUCAUUGCUAUUCUAUUUCUAUCGUAUAGUUACGUAUACUUGCGAUUCUUUUUGUUCAAAAAAAAAAAAAAAAAAAAAAAACUAUUCUACUAAUCAAUUACGAAUACAGGGUUACAUAAGUCACACGCAUUAGAAAAAUUCCAAUUUACUCCAGAGGUUAUGAAGGUUGUCAAAGAGAAAUGCUAUUGUUACAAAUAUGUGAUUAAGCAUUGAAUAUCUUCAAUGCUUGUGUAGAUAAUAUCUACUAACAAGUAACAGCUCUUCGUCAGAAUCAUAUCGGAUCAGGAACAACUCUGAGCGAUAAAUUUCCAUUAAAAUCAAGGUCUGAUCAGUUUAAUUCUUGACUUGAUCUGAUUUUAACGAAAAACCGACGCUCGUCUUGCGUUUCGCAAACUGGGAAGUAGAAUGUUUUUCAGACAUAUUUUUAUUCUGACUGCUCGAUAAGAGACAAAACAAAGUUCUGAUAUAUACAUAUAUAUACUAUGAUAUAUUUAGAGAAAAACACACACACACACACACACACACACACAUAUAUAUAUAUAUAUAUGCGAUAUAUUUAUUUCUAUAUUCCUAUAGAUACAGAACUUUCCACAAUUUCCGCGAUUCUGUUCGUAUUUAUAUCAAUUAUUUCUUAAUUUAAAGUAAAUUAUUUCUUAAAAAAUUAGAAAAUUGUUUCUCAAUGUUUUUCUAUAAAUAUAUUUUUAUGACUGAAAUCAAAAUUCUACUAAAGAGAAAGAGAAAGAGGGUAAAGUUCGAUAUAAAAUUAUACAAAGAAUAAAAUCUUGUUAUCUAUUUGAACCUGUUUCACAUUCAUGACAAUGUAUACAUAUUCGCUUGCUACAACUAAAAGAUUAUUAAAUGUUAUAUCUUUGUUAAAAGAAUUAAGAUUAAUAAUAGAAUCAAAGUGAAAGAAAACAUAAAUAAAAGGAAAUUCUGAGAGAAUAUAUAUUCUUUUAUAUGUAUAAUAUUGGAUGACGUUUUAGAAAUUUUCACCAUACACCAUACACAUAUGAAAUGUAUUUCCAACAUCAACGGACAAAAUUGCACAAAAGUACUCAAUAUUGCUAACUUUGCUUUUUUUCUAAUUACUAACUUGUUUUUUGUACUGUGACAUUUAAUUUUGUAAUUAUAAAUAUAUAACUGCGAGUCUUGAAAGUUAAGAACGCGUCAUCAAUGUGAGUGAUAGACUGAUGUUCUAAAAGUAUUAAAUGUAAAGCAACAAUGUAAUUUUGUAUUUUAUAGAAUACUGGUAUGUAUAUAUCAGUAUAUCUUAUUAUCCUAGGCAUUUGUAUCUGAUUAUAUUUAUUUAUAGUACACACCUUUGAGCUGUAUCAAAUAUCCCGACAUAUAUUAUAGAAAGAUAACGUUCCUAAUUUAACCAAAGGAUUUGACUGCUUCACAUACAUGUUUGUAUGUUGUGUAUAUUGUUGUACACUAUAUGUGUAUUAUUGUCUACAGGGUGCAGAGUUGUAGAGGCAACUGUUAUAGCUUUGACCAAUAUGUCUUACUCUUCUGAGUAGACUUCUGCCGUUCAUACCGCUUCCGAUGUUUGAAACGUACGGUUAUAUGGACGCAUCAGUAAAUGAGUUAAAUUAGUUAUCUAAUUAGUUAUCCUUAUAUCUUUAAAGAACUUCUACAAAAAUAUAUUUUGUAUUAAAUAUGUACGACACGCAAAUAACACGUGAGAAAUUUUAAAACAGUCUCCAAAAUUAAUUCUAAUAAACUGAUUUAAGUUACAUAAUAAAAGAUUGGUUGUAUACAUAUAGCUUACAAAAAUAGAAUUAAAUAAAAAAUAAAAUAUAAUUUUAUUAUUUUAUGUGGUUUUUUAAAAAAAUAUAAUGUUUAUUUGUUAUUUUGCAUGCACAAAUAAAUUAAUUCGAUAAUCAUUCAUUGAUGCGUCUACCCUAUAUAAAGUUGCAAUAAUAUGCAGAAUUAACUUAAAACGGAGCAGAAUUAAUCUUGUUGAUAUCGAAAGUACGAAAUAACUUUAUAGAUUUUUUAACUUUAAAAAUUUAAAAACAUGAAAAUCUGGAACAUUGUAUUUUACAUAUCUUUUAAAAAUAUAUUUAAUACAUUUCAUAUUUCGAUAACAACUUGAAUUUUUUGAUUAUUCGUUUAAGCGCUUUGUUCUGCAUAUUUGGACUGAUUUAUUACUUAAAUUCUAAAGAUUAUCUAUAUUUUUAUCUAAAGCUAGGAGCUUAUACCGUUAAUUAAUUGUAUACUUAUAUUUGCUAAUUUUAUCUCAUUGGUAAUUAACGAUGUUGAUAAGCUAUGCCAAAAUGUCUAAAUCUUUAUCAAAUAAUUAAAUUCAUUAUUUUUCACGUUAUUAAAACGUUUCGCGUUGACAAAGCCAGUCUAAAUUUCUGAUUAUUAAUUAAAUUAUUUCAUAUAAUAAUAUUUUAGUAAAAUUGAUUUUUACAAGUUAUGCCGCGACAACGUAGAAUUAAACUAUCAAAUUUGGAAUACAUUGUUAACAUAAAUAAUGAUGUUUUACAAACAGAGGUUAAUAAUACGAAAACUAUCGAACGUUAUAGAGGUAGCACGAAGUUCAUUAAUAUUAAAUGAAAUUCUGAAUCUCCUACUUUUGUUAUUAUACAUUACAGAUAUAGAUAUAAGUUAAUUAUUAUCUUAGAUUUGAGAUUCGAACAAAAGAGCUUUAAAAUUUUUCGUUAAAUAUCUUUUUCCUCUUUAAAACACAAAUAUUUCAUAGAAAACAAUUCGUUUUUUAACUUCUUAUACACCUAUGUAUACGUUGACUGAUGUAACUAUAGAAUGGUUUUGUUUUUACCAUCAACUGUUAAAUGUUAAAAUUGUAAAGCGGCGUGUUAAAUGUUAAUUAAUGUUUAGCAAAUAUAUUUGAAGUUUAUCUAGAAUUCAUUCAAGAGCAACAACGUUCUUGAAAUAGUGAUUAGAUAUCGACUUCUUGCCAUCUCUUAUUAACCAUCAGAGAUCUACGUAGUUUCGAAAUACGAGAAAAAAACAGAGAGACAGAGACAGAGUCAUGUUAAAUGUUAACAAUAUUUUCAUAUGCUUAAAGUAUAGAUUUUAAAAAAAGAGUAAGAGAAAAAGGGAAGAUAUACUGCUGCAUACAUCACAUUCUAAUACUUAUGCGUCUGCGAAUAAUUUUUUCGAUUUCUGUUGGAAAAUGGUAACAGCAUUUUAAUUUUUAUCACGAUACAAAACAAAAUUGUAGCGUAAAAUAAAAUUUGUUUUUGAAAUAAGGGAAAGGAAGAAAAGAUUUCCAAUCCAUCAUGAUAUAUCAACAUAUACACAUUAUGGAGUAACUGAAAACUAUAUAGAAGUGCAAUACUUCUAUACAUACAUAUAUAUAUACUAUAUUUACUAAAAAUACUAUAUUUACACGCAACCUACAUGUAUAGAUUACGUAUAAAUAUAGUAUUUUUCAAUGUACAAGAGAGAAUUGAGUAUUUUACUUUAGAAAAAUAUAUUUUAGGUACAAGA